AACGGUUACAUAGUCGUAUGACCGUUAGUGCGAGAAACCCUUUCUUUUAUAAAUUAUUCAUACAAACUCCUCGCUCUCUCAACAAUCAUCGAUCCUUCUUCUUCUUCUUUCCAUCUCCAUUUACAACAGAUAAAGCCUUUCCUUCAUUAUCAAAGCAAUUCAAUUAGUAAGAAAUGGGAGGCAUCACUCUGGGCAACCCACAAUCAGUGUCUCAAUCCCACCAUCACACUCACAAGGUCUUCUUGUUCUGCAACUACAUUUUACUGGGUGCAGCCUCUAGUUGCAUUUUCCUUACCCUUUCUCUUCGAUUGUUGCCUUCCAUAUGUGGCUUCUUUCUCAUCCUCCUUCACAUUUUGACCAUUGCUGGAGCCGUUUCAGGCUGUGCUGCUGCCUCUUCCGGGACUAAUAGAUGGUAUGCUGCUCACAUGGUUGCCACUGUCCUCACAGCCAUUUUCCAAGGGUCUGUCUCAGUGUUGAUCUUUACAAGGACAGGUGAUUUCCUUGGGCAAUUGAAGUCUUAUGUAAGGGAAGAAGAUGGCGAGGUGAUACUGAAGCUUGCUGGUGGGUUGUGUGUUGUGAUUUUCUGUCUUGAAUGGGUGGUGCUCACUCUUGCAUUUUUCUUGAAGUAUUAUGCCUAUGUAGAAGGCGAUGUUAGCAGUGGGGGUGGUAAUAUUGGUAUGAGGAGAAGCGCUAAAGUGCAGCAGGAGGAGGACUUGAAGGAUUGGCCAUGGCCCUUCCAAGUUUAAUGGCUUUAAGAUCUUUCUUUUUGUGGUGCUAUUGCUGUCGCAUUACAUUGAAUUAUUUGUUUAUUUGAUUUUGUGAAUGACAUUUUGUAUGAGAUUGUCCAGAA